AUGCUCAACAUCCAAGCUAUAGUCUUGCUCUAUAUUUGUGCCCUGAACGUUCAAGGACUCUUUAGAAACGAAUUGAACUUCACUGGAUACCUCAUUAAAGCUGGUGAAAAAAUGAAUUGGUCCGAUAGUUUAACAUGGAAUAAUUAUCAAGAAGCAGCAGAAAUCGUAACCCAUAUUUGCAAGCGACUAACCUUAUUGGUGGAAGCAGCUGCAAAUAGACCACUCAGCAACAUGGACUGCAAGCUUAUUCGCCUACAUGGUGAUCCUAUCGGAAACUACGUCAAUCUUACAUUUGAGGGAAAUGAUGAAAAUGAUGCGAAGCAGAUCAUCGAAGGAGUGAUCAGUAAAUUGGCCGAAUACCCAAAGCUAGACGAAAGUAGCCGUCAACAAGCAACAAACGAAUUCCGAAAGCGAGUAGUUGUUCGAUUUGGAGUGACGUUUCAGAAGAUUAAUGGUUUCAGUUAUUGGCGGAGUGCUUUCAGCAGUGCCGGUCAGCUCACACAGACUGCCAGCGUUGUUUGCAUGCGACGCAAGUUUCGUUCGAGUGCCUCCAGAUUCAUGCGCAACGGGCAACCCAAUUGUGCAGUGACUCGUCCGCCUAAUAGCGGUCUGUGGGGUGAUUUUAGCGUUCAAUUCCCUUCGAGAAAACGAAUAAAACUUAACGAAGUGAAACGUUUAUUAACAACUCCUGUGACUGCAAACAGCACCUACGAUAUCGCAAAGGUUCAAGUCAAAUAUCAUGUAAUUUGCCAGCGUAGAACACCUGCAGUUUGA